AGGCGGUGCCACGACUACGAUGCUUCGUGACGAUGAACUUGAAAUUAAGGAUUUAUCUUGUACAGCGAGGAGCUUGCAUGACGAGGACAAACUUGCAGAAGCUGAAUCAAGUUACCGUCGAUUGCUGGAGCUAUACAAGAGAACGAAGCAUCAACCUAGAGAUGAAGCAGAUGCACUUCUUGGGUUGGUGGAUUGUCUGUAUCGACAACACAAAAUGAAUGAAGUCGACGUGUUUACGGAGCAGUGUUUGUCGUUUCUACAAGAUAUUACACCUCAAGAUGAGAAGUUGCUGCCACAGCUGUACAACGCGUUACACAACAGGGGAGCGUGUCUAUACGAGCAGGGCAAGUAUGAAAGAGCAUCAGGAUAUCUAAGAGAGUCAAUCAACAUCCAGCGUAGUUUGCCCUCUGUGAACAAAGAAAGUAUAGCAGAAACUUGUUUCUGUCUGUCACGCUGUCUUUUGUCUCAAUUUUUAACAAAAGAAGCAGAAGAUGUGACAAGAGAAGCGUAUGCUUUAUCAUCUAGCAUAGAUAGUAAAGCAGCAGAAGCUGCCACUCUAUUGGCUUAUACGGUUCAACUAAAUGAAGGAUCAGAUGACGAAGUGAAACAACUGUUACAACAGGCUGAGGGAUCGACUUCUAUGGUAAAUAGAAUGGAAGGCAAAGCAUAUGUGUUGAGUGAAAUGGCGGAAUUAUUGAUGCUCAGAAAGGAACACGUUCGCGCCAUUGAGGCACUGAAGGAAGCGGCAUCACUACAACGACGUUUGUUGCCGACAAACCAUCACCAUACUGCCUUGACUCUUUGUCGUAUGGCUGAAUGUCUAGUGAAACUAGACAAACAAAUGGAUGCUUUGUUAUUGUUCCAUGAGUCAUCGGAACUCAUCAGUAAAAUAAUGGGCGAUGGGCAUCCAAUAAGAGGAAGAUGUUUGUUUGGUGUCGGCCAGAUCCUUGUAAGUCAGCAAAAGUGCCAAGAAGCAGAGAGCAUUCUGAAGGAAAGUGUCAAUAUUUUGUGUCAUACUAUAUCGCUACAUCCCACAACAAAUGCAGCAAUUCGAGAUCUGAACUAUUGCUUACAAAUGCUGAAGAAAGAUCGAGAUGCAAUUAAAGCAUUGCAACAACAUCAACAAGUUGAUUUUUCUGAGCAAAGCGAACAUGACGCAAGUGCAUUUCAAGCUGAUGAUUUGCACAGAGAGAUGGGGCAGCUGAGAGAAAGCAAUCAAGCCAUCGAAGCAGAGAAAUCUGCUUUACAGCAGCAGUUGAGAGAUGAGGAGGUUGCAACUCGUGUCGUCACCGAUGAGAGUGAACAUCGAGGAGGACAAUUAGGGAGAUUACGGCAACUCGCACGGCAACGUGAUGAAGACAGGAAACAACUCCAAGCAGCAAUUUGUGAGCAGGAACGUCUUACAGCACAGAAACAGAAAGAAGCAACUCGACUGCAGCAGCAGAUUGCUAGAGUGAGAAGUCAGUUGGAUGACAAGGAGAGACAACUGCAACGACGGGCAGAAAAAAUCAGUGGCAUGAGAGUCACGAUGAAUGACAUGAAUGACACAAUAGAAGAACAGAGAAGGCAGAUCAACAGUUUGAGGCAGGAGUCCCAAGAGUUGGACACAGCUAAUGAACAUCUGACAAGAGACUUGCAGCGAUCUUACGAAGAGCUACGAGCCCUAAUCAUGGGAGACUUUGCAAGAGACGAUAACUCGAAUUCUUGAAAUGGUGCGUGUUGACUGAUGUGGCGUAUGACUCCUAACUGUGCAACAAGGUGUCUCUGACAGACAGGUUUAUAAAUGUUUUAAAUUGAGUGGUGAAUUAGUAGCUGUAGUAGCAAGCUGCUUGCAUGUUUAAUUUACUUGUAACGGUGUAGUUACAAGUACUUGUAGACUUGCAAAAUGAUGUGUUAGCAAAGGUUCAUGCUUAUGUCACCUGGAACUGCAGGAAUUCUAUUAACAUUC